CUUCGGCCCUUGAGGCUUUCGUUGUUAUUGUUCCUGCUGAAUAUCUGUUAUACGCCCACCACAAUUAAUGCACGCAGUUUUUACAGUGAUAAUUCCAUACAGAAACGGGAUUAUCAAAAUGAAAUUGAAGCAUGUCAAAUCUACUGCAAUGGCGAACUUCUGCACACCGUACAGAUGGCCCAUUUGUUUGCCGAUUCCAAAACUUUUGUCGACAUGAAACUCAAGAAUUCCCCAGCUGAGACUAUCGCCAAAUUCCAAACAUUUAUGGCAGCUAAAAAUAACGCCCCCAGUCAGGAUGAUGUUCGAGAAUUUGUAGAGGCUAACUUUGAUGAUUUGGGUAAAGAAUUUGUACCAUGGAAUCCGGACGAUUGGGUCGAACAUCCCGCCUUCAUUGAUCACAUUAACGAUCCAGACCUGAAACAAUGGGGUGUCGAUUUGAAUGCCAUUUGGAAGGAUUUGGGUCGGAAAAUGAUCGAUGAUGUCCAUGUCAAUCCCCAUUUCUAUUCCAUAAUUCCCGUUGAUAAUCCGGUCAUUGUUCCCGGUGGCCGCUUUAUUGAAUUCUACUAUUGGGAUUCGUACUGGAUCAUUCGUGGCCUACUCUACUCUCAAAUGACCCAUACGGCCCGUGGCAUGUUGGAGAAUUUCAUGUCGAUUGUUCGGAGAUUUGGUUUCAUACCCAACGGUGGUCGUAUCUACUAUGCUCAACGUUCUCAACCUCCACUUCUGGCAGCCAUGAUCAAGUCCUAUGUCGAAUUCACCAAUGACACCCAAUUUGCGACCCAGUCACUGGAGGUAUUGGAACAUGAAUUUGAAUAUUGGAUGAACAAUCACACGGUCCAGGCUAAGGGUUAUAAUGUGUGUGCCUAUGGUGGUAUAUCUCCCGGCCCACGUCCCGAAUCCUAUCGUGAAGAUAUCGAAACAUCUAAGUCCUUUGCAACCGAUGCUGAAAAGGAAGAACACUAUGCAGAGUUGAAGGCUGGCGCCGAAUCUGGUAUGGACUUUAGUUCUCGUUGGUUUAUCAAUGACAAGGGAGAGCAAACCGGAAAUUUGACACAUUUGAAAACUCGUUCUAUUGUUCCGGUGGAACUGAAUGCAAUUCUUCACUGGAAUGCCAAAAUUAUUGCUGAAUUCUAUAGGAUGGCUGACAAUUCAGCCAAGUCUGAGGAAUAUGAAAAUAAGGCAGCUAAGAUUUUAGAGGCAAUUGAGGCUGUCCACUGGAACGAAGAGGCUGGUGUCUGGCUGGAUUAUGAUUUGAUCAACAACAAGCCCCGCAACUAUUUUGUACCCACAAAUUUGGCCCCCUUGUGGACCAUGUCCUACAAUCUCAGCGAUACAGAGAAAAUAUCGCAAUCGGUUUUGAAAUAUAUUGAAAAAUUGGAAUUGGAUAAAUAUCCUGGUGGUGUACCAAAUACCCUGUAUCGUACCGGAGAACAAUGGGAUUUCCCUAAUGUUUGGCCACCAAUGCAAUAUUUGCUGAUAAAGGGUUUGGAAAAUUUGGGCACACCCGAAUCGAAGGAAUUGUCAACGAAAUGGGGUCAUCGUUGGGUUAAAUCGAAUUUUAAGGCCUACAGUGAGACAAGGGCCAUGUUUGAGAAGUACGAUGCCGAACGUUUUGGCGGCCAUGGCGGCGGCGGUGAAUAUGAUGUACAAAAAGGCUUUGGCUGGUCCAAUGGUGUCAUCAUUGAGUUCCUUGAUAAAUAUGGCCGUGAUAUUACAUUGCCUAGUAGCAACCCGGGCAAUGAUGGAGGAAAACUUAAAAUGUGGAGCAUAAUUGGCAUAUCGACAAUUGCUUUGGUGGCCAUUAUUGUGGCUAGGAUGCUAAUCUAA